AUGGCUGACCCUGAGGAGUUGCAGGUUUCUUCACCACCCCUGCUGCCUCCCUUUGCUCCCUCAUCUUCAGACUUCUCUUCGGCAUCUUUCCUGAGCGUUCCUGUGAGUUUGGGCUGGCCAGUUCUGAGCAGGGACAGAAGCCAGAUGGUGGAUCCACUGGAGGAACUCGAGCGGCAGAUUGGAGAUGUCUUUUCAUUAACGAAACUUCUUGAAGCCACAUUUGCAGUUUCAGUUCAAGUGGAAGAGCUUGCCUUCAAAUGUACAGAAAAUGCACGUUUCCUGAAAACGUGGUGGGAUCUCUUGAAAGAGGGCUAUGAUUCUUCUUCAAAACCUGACAGCUGAUUUGGCGUGCUUAGUUGUUUCAUAAAGACUGUCCAAUAAUUCAUACUUCCUCAUAUAUGAUAUUGGCACAUGUACCUCAAGUAUAGGAUGCUCU